AGGCACUAUCUCCUUGGGAGAUUCUUCAUCGUCAGAACUGAUCAUCAGACCUUGAAAAGAAUGAGAACUCAGUCUGUGCUCUUCGAUGCGCUGAAACGCUAUAUCGAAGUCAUUGAGCAAUAUAACUUCGAGCCCCAGUACCUCAAAGGUGAGUACAACAAAGUUGUUGACGCACUGUCGCGUAGGCCAGAGCCUCCAGACUUCUCCGGUGCGUUGAUCACUAAGUUUGGGCUUGCGGACGAUGCCACUCGUUCUUUGGCGGAAGCCUAUCGCGAGGACCAGUUCAUGUCUGAUAUCAUACGCCGACUCGGGGCGAAGGACAAGGUGACUUCUCCCGAGUUUGAGUGGGUCAACAACUUGCUGUUCCUUGAGAAGGUCGGGAAUAAACGUUUGUGUGUUCCUAAUAGAGAGUAUUUGCGUAGUUUAUUUUUAGGAGAGGGUCACGAUGCCACGAGACAUUUUGGUUUCAAGAAGACUGCAACCAAUCUGUUGCAGCAGUUCUGGUGGCCCACGAUGAUGAGAGAUGCCAAACUGUAUGUCAAGACUUGUCAAGUUUGUCAACGUGACAAACCCCGGACACAGGCUGCUCUUGGGCUGCUCAAGCCCCUUCCCAUUCCGGAAAGGCCUGGUGAAAGCCUAUCCAUGGACUUCAUGGAUGCGCUAGUCACCAGCAAGAGUAGCAUGAGGUACAUCUACGUCAUUGUGGAUAAAUUUAGUAAGUAUGCUAGGUUAGUGGCCAUGCUGGAAACAACAAAGACCGAGUACGUUAUCAAGCUAUUUAAGGAAAACUGGGUUAGAGACUUUGGCCUGCCGAAGUCUAUAAUCAGCGACAAGGAUGUCCGAUUCACCAGUGAACUUUGGAAGGCCGCAGCAGCCGAGCAAGGAAUGCAGCUGCAGAUAACUGGAAACCAUCCGGAGGCAAAUGGACAAGCAGAGCAGAUGGACCGCGCUUUUCAACACUUGCUAAGGCAUUACAUUAAGCCUAAUCAAGUGGAUUGGGAUGAGAAGCUUGCUCUCAUCGCCAGCCUGUACAACAACGUAGUUCAUAGUGCCAUGGGGGUAAGUCCCAACAGCUUACUACUAACGUUCAAAUGCAGAAUCCCACUUGAUUUUUUGCUACCUGAGAACCAGUCUACUGCAGCUCCAGGCACUUUGGAAUUCGCUUAUAGAUAUGAGAGUCAUAUGCUGCAGGCAGUAGAACACAUGCACAAAGCACAGACGGCGAUGAUCGAAUCUGAGAACAAGCAACGUCGCCCAUCUAUGUUUCAGGUAGGGAACAAGGUCUGGGUCAAGGCUUCGGAACUGGGAUAGGAGCAUGGGAUUUCCCGUUAGCUCAUGCCACAGUACUUUGGGUCAUGGGAGGUUUUGGAUGUAGUAGGGAACAAACCAGACAGACCCUC